CGCUCCCACAUCGGUCGGCAUCGCGCAACAUGUCGACGUCCAAGGCCUAUCAGUGCCUCUCGUGCAGGCUGAAAAAUGUCUCUCUUGAUGCUGCCAACACGACUUCCCGCCGCGCCUUUAGUACUUCGCCCUCGCACCAGCGCCGCGUUCGCAACAACCUCCGCCGCUCUCCCGCCCAACAACCCGAAGCAGAUGCCAUCCGGGACCGUCUACGGCCCUACACUGCUCGCGAGAAGAAGCUGCUUGCUCUGAAAUACACUCCGGAGCAGAUGGAGGCCAUCGAGGCUGGAGAAAAGGCGAUUUCCUCCGAGGACCUCCUCCAACAAGGACGCUUCCGCACUGAUCCUAUGCGCCUGGACUACAUUGAUGACUUUGCUAGUGUCCGACCGGUCGUUGACGCUACCACGGGCCAGCUAAAGGAGAUGAACAGCUCACAAUUGCACGAAGGGCAGCAAAGCACACUUGGUGCAGCAUUGAGCAGUGCGAAAUCGAGAAAGGACAAGGGGCGGAAGGAGGAUCAGGAAGAGACAGAUCCGCAUAUGUUGAGAUUGUCACAACAGACAGGCCUGAGCAGGGACGAGAUUCGAAAGAUACGCGUCAAGAAUCUGGUCAGUCAUCGCGUGGUGAACCAGACGCGCAUGGGCAAGAUCCAGAGUUUGUACUUUUUGACCAUUGCCGGAAAUCAGAACGGCAUGCUGGGCAUUGGAGAGGGAAAGGCUGCGGAAGAUGAAGAUGGGAGACGGCAGGCCAUGAUGAACGCCAUUCGCAAUAUGAAGCCCAUCCCGCGCUAUGAGGAGAGGACGAUAUACGGUGAGGUUGAGGGCAAAGUGGGAGCGAGUGUUGUUAAAUUGAGUGCCCGACCACCUGGGUUCGGCAACCGCUGUCAGCAUCUGAUCUUCGAACUGGCCAGAGCCGCUGGAAUUUCGGAUCUUGCUGCCCGUACGCCACGAUCACGGAACAAGAUGAAUGUCGUCAAGGCAGCUUUCGAGGCUCUCACGAAUCAACGACUACCAGAAGAUGUCGCAAAGGCACGAGGGAAGAAGAUGGUCGAUGUGAGGGGUGUAUAUUACGGAGGGCUUGUACACUAAUGGCAGAUAUGACUUGUACAGUUCCUGUGCCCUAUCUCCGACAUUGCACGCA